AUGGCUAUCGAAGAUAACAAGUUAGCUUUAAGAAAUAAUUUCUUCGGAUAUAUUCAUCCAUCAAAAUCAAUCACCAAUGAUUUGGCUCAAAAAGAAUGUUGGAUAGAACAGAUGAAGUAUUUGGUUCAAGACUUCAAAACGCUUCUCAAUUUAUCAUUUAAACAAUUUUGGUCUACAGUUGUUUUUAAUAAACUAGCUACUAAAGGAUUAUGUACAUUCCUCCAAGAAGCUGCUCCUCCUCACUUGAUGGAUCAACUUUCACAGGAUGCUGAUGUGUUGAUCAUUUACAGUGAAAUUGAUCAUUUUGCUUAUAAAUUAUUUAAACGACUAACUACAUCCUCUGAAAAUAAAGAAAAUCAUAUGUCACCUAAAUAUAUGUGGGGCUUGUUAUGUAAUAACAAUAUUAUAAGUAUUCCCAUGUUGUUUGAUAUAUGCUCCAUUUAUGGUGAAUUGUAUAAAAAGGAAUUAAAAAUAAUUUACAAGGAAUUGUUUACUUGUCAAAAAUUAUACACAGAAAAUUUAAAAAUGUUUAUACAAUUUAUAAUUAAAUGCUUAAGUCAGUUUCAGGAUAAAAUUGAAAUAGACAUUGAAUAUGGCAAUAAUUGGUGUCAGAUUAAUAAAACCUCUACCGACAUUGAAGAAACAAAUGUUUGUUUGAUGGAAGAUAUAGUUAAUUAUUUAUUAGACACAUCAUAUAGUAUUUCAAGUUUCUUGGAAAUGUAUCCAAUGAACUCUAGAUUUUUUUAUGAAGAAAAAGUGCAUCUUAAAAUAGCUUCCUUUUAUCAUACUAUAAAACCACAAGUUUAUAAGAAAGUAGUCGCUAUGAAUAAACUAGAAAAAUUUCAAGAAAAGAUUCACUCAUCAAGAUUAUUUCUUGUGAAAACUGUCAGACAGUGUUUAAUUCAUAACUUUCCUCAAAUGGAAAAUAUGUCAGAGAAUGCAGUAGAUAAAUAUUUAGAAGUUAUUAGUGAGCUAUUAGAAUACAAUGAAUUUGUCAAUGACUAUACUCUUGUAUAUAACAUAACCAAAGAUAUAAAGAAACUUCAAAAAUCCAAUAAAGAAAUAGAUUCAACAAGAUAUGAUUAUUUAUUAAAAUCAUUAGAACUGAUUAAUAAACCAUAUACUGAACUCAAACAAAAAGAAUUUCAAGAACAACAGUUGGAGAUACAAACCAUUAGUACAAAUAUAGAGAAUGCAAAGUUACAGUCUCUUAUAAAUAAUGUAAAAGAUUUAUUGCCCCAUUUAGGAGAUGGAUUUAUUCAGAAAUGUUUAGUAUAUUAUGAAAUGGAUUCUGAAAAAGUUAUAAGUAUGGUUUUGGAUAAUUGUCUUCCAUCAGAACUUACUCAAUAUGAUUUAAAUCUUCCUUUGAUGCCUGAGUAUGAAGAUAAUGCUACUGGUUAUGAUCCUUCAGCUAAAGAAAAUAGGAAACUUAAAAAACUCAAUGCAGUCUUGGAAAAUAAAUCAUUCAGAAAUGAAAUGCGGCCUUUUUAUGAAAAAUAUAAUGUCACUGAAAUCACAUGUGCCGAAUUAAAUUCAUAUUAUAAUGAUGAACUUUAUGACAUGAAUGAUGAAAUUGAGUAUGUCAGACCAGAACCAGUAGAUGAAAACACAAAGAGGAGACCAGAUGUUAUACCAAGGGUUUUAAUGAAGAAAAAAUAUUUAAAUGAAGUUGUAGAAGAAGAGUUUUCAGAUGGUGAACUAGAGAAAGUAUCAAAUUUUCAACCAUUCUGUGAAAAUCCUGAAGAAGUUCGAGAACGACAAGCUAGAAGAUAUGCUGCAAAGCAAUUUAAAAAUUCCAAUCGAAAUAAACCACAAGUAACUUCUUUGUCAGCUACACCAUCUGGGUCAAAUGUUCAGUUGGUCAGGCAAAGGAAAAAUGAGAAUAAAGCAUUCUGUGGGAAUCAUAACAGAAGAAAUGCAGCAAGAAACAAACAACAAAAAGGAAUGUUUUAAUACUAUCUAUUCCAAAUAUUUCCCUAUUCGAAUACCAAUACUUAUAGUAUAAGAUAUAUUUUACUAAAAUAAUAUAUAUAUCCUCAUUUCAAUGAUUUCCUUUAUUGAAUGUUUAUUCUUACUCCUAUUUUAAUUUUUUCUGAAACACUUUUGUUUGGAAGACUUAUACUUAUAAAUGUUUCAAAAUAUAUUUUUAUUAUGUAUUGUAGUAAUAU